CUCAUAUACGGAGAGCUAGUGCCGAACGGUAACACUGGCACGGAAUCAAUAAACUUUAUUUUCGCAGCUGCGUUUCAGUUUGUUUUUAGUUCAUUUGUUCAACUACAGAUAGCUAAUUACAUCAUUACAUAGGUAAAAUAAUUAAGAAAUAUACACAUUCGCAAACAUGACCGAACGUCGGUUGGAAUUGGAAAGCGAACGAAUCAGAACGUUUGCUCAAUGGCCAACAAAUGCGCCAGUUCAGGUCGAUGAUUUGGUAAAGAAUGGAUUUUUUGCCACGGGCAAUUGGUUGGAGGUGGAAUGCAACUUUUGUCACAUGCGCAUAGACCAUUGGGAAUACGGCGAUCAGGUAGCUGACAGACAUCGAACCGCUUCGCCUAUUUGUUCGAUGGUCCUUGCCCCCAAUCACUGUGGCAAUGUGCCCAUGGAAUCCGGACCAGCUUCUGGAAACCAGAACAGCGACUCUGAAGGCAACAGCGUCGUUGAUGGUGGCACCGGACAGCAAGGCCAAUGCGCUUGUCCGGAUCUGCUAAUCGAAGCAAAUCGACUGGAAACCUUCAAGGAUUGGCCAAAUCCAAAUAUCACACCCCAAGCUUUGGCAAAAGCGGGCUUUUAUUAUCUAAAUCAAUCGGAUCAUGUGAGAUGUGUGUGGUGCAAGGGCGUUAUUGCCAAGUGGGAAAAGAACGACAAUGCUUUCGACGAGCACAGACGCUUCUUUCCUAAUUGCCCACGUGUGCAGAUGGGACCGUUAAUCGAGUUCGGUGGCAAGGAUCUGGAGGAGUUGGGCAUACAACCCACAACGAUGCCGCAGCGCCCACAAUAUGCCUGCAUCGAGGCACGUUUGCGCACCUUUAGCAAUUGGCCCAUUGCGAAUAUACAACCUGCUGAACCGUUGGCCCAGGCAGGCUUAUACUAUCAGAAGAUCGAUGAUCAGGUGCGUUGCUUUCACUGCAAUAUUGGUCUGCGCAGCUGGCAGAAGGAAGACGAGCCGUGGCAUGAGCAUGCCAAAUGGUCGCCCAAAUGCCAGUUUGUGCUGCUCGCCAAAGGGCCCCAAUAUGUGAGACAGGUGCGGGAGGCAGCAGCUGCGUCCCCCACAGCGGCCACAGCUCCAGAGCUGCCCACCAGUAUUGGCAGCGCCAUGUCUGCGGAACCGGCUUGUGCGGCUCUUGCUUUGGGCAUCGAUGUUGGCGUGGUGCGGAGCACAAUUGCCAGAAAGUUGUCAAGUUCGGGUUGUGCCUACGACACGCUGGACGAUCUGCUGCAUGCUAUAUUCGAUGAUGCUGGUGGCUCUGGAGCUGCACUGGAGGUGACUGAACCGCCGGCCAUGACGCCAGCUAAUGUUGCCUGUGAAGCCACGACGAGCAAAGCGACACCUGUGGAACCAGCCAAGCCAACAGUAGUUGAUGCAGUAGCUGCUACCUCUGCAGUAACUCCUGUUGCAGCAAUCACCAACUCCAAUCCCAAUGGCAAUUUGUCCCUUGAGGAGGAGAAUCGCCAGUUGAAGGAUGCUCGCCUGUGCAAAGUGUGUCUGGACGAGGAGGUCGGUGUUGUAUUCCUGCCGUGUGGACAUUUGGCAACCUGCAAUCAAUGCGCGCCCAGCGUGGCAAAUUGUCCGAUGUGUCGAGCUGAAAUUAAAGGAUUUGUGCGCACCUUCCUCUCCUAAUUGUCACCUGCAUAUCUGUAAUUGAAAGACCAUAGCAUAAUUAAUGUCUACUAUGUACUUGUACCGCCUAAGCAACUGGUGGGCGUCUCUGUCGGUUGUUUUGCUCGUUUAUCUAACUAGUAGUUAACUCAAUUUGCAAUGUUAUUAACUGUGUCGUGUGUCGAAUAUCUAAGCGUAUUGUGAGUUGUAUUUUUUUAAAUAUUGAAUCUGCUGUUUACUGUUUUAAAAUACCCUCGCAUGAUCUGCAGAAAGAUAUGUUUUAUAUAGGCUUGUGGCUUUUUACUUUUCAAAUUAGUGAAUCCCCAACAGAAUGUGCACAUCGAAUUGAACCUGAAACUCUAUUUAUUAUGUGCUUGUUAUAUUUAGAUAUAGAUCAAAUCGUUAGCUCCCAGUUUCUAUCUGCAUAUCAAGCUAGAUGACAUAUGUGUAUUUACCAUGCGCUCUUACAGCUGCAUCUGUGAGGGUAUUUUUGGAAGGCGCAUAAAUGUUUAUAUCUUGUUAUUAAUUGUGUUAAUGGGUCGAUGAUUUUUUGCUAUACACAAAA